AUGACUCUUGCCGUCGCUCGGCCCAAGCUGAAGACGAGAGAAGCCCGGGUUACGCUGACGAGACGAUCACGGACAACGGUUGCAGACAUGGCGAUCAGCAACAAGAAGCUCCAGAAGAUCAUGACCCUUCCCAUCAAUCAGAUCUUCAGGUAUCUGCAGAACCGGUCUCGCGUACAGGUCUGGCUGCAUGAGCAGUCGGAUUUGCGGAUCGAGGGCCGCAUCCUGGGCUUCGAUGAGUACAUGAACCUCGUCAUCGAUGACGCGGAGGAGAUCAUGGUCAAGAAGAAGACCCGCCGUGCGAUCGGUCGUAUCUUGCUGAAGGGAGAUAACAUUUGCCUGAUGAUGAAUACUGGAAAUUAG